CAAAAACAUUUGACACAAGAUAAUGAGGUUAGGGUUCUAAAGUGACGUUUAUCUGACAGCGAUACACAAAUAAUUUUUAGAUAAUUUAACAGCGUUUGUUUAAUGUUUCUUUCGUGAUUUAUUCGGAAAAAGAUGGAAGUCAAGACGAAGAGUGAACACUUGCUGGCUUUGAAAGUAAUGAGAUUGACACAUCCAAUCCUGGCGAGCCCUAUGGUUGUCACGUGCGAUUCUACAGACUUGCCAGGCAAUACGUUAAACAACGAACUUAAGAACGAUUGCACGGCAUUGCAAGGCAUGGAGGCACUCGCCAUAGGGCAGUUUAUGGUACUGCCUCAAAGUUUUGGAAAUAUAUAUUUAGGAGAGAUAUUCUCUAGUUACCUGUGUGUUCACAAUGGCAGCAAUCAAGUGGUAAAAAAUGUUAAUGUGAAAGCAGAUUUACAAACGAGUACACAAGUAAUUCCACUAUCCGCCAAUAAUCUGGAAGGGAAAGAAUUAGCGCCUGACAGCACGGUGGAUGAAGUUAUUCACCAUGAGGUUAAGGAAAUAGGUACUCAUAUAUUAGUUUGUGAAGUGUCUUACACAAAUCAGAUUGGACCCCCGCUAUCAUUUAGAAAGUAUUUCAAGUUCCAGGUGGUUAAACCACUAGAUGUGAAGACCAAGUUUUAUAAUGCAGAAUCAGAUGAGGUAUAUCUCGAAGCACAAAUACAGAAUCUAACAUCUGGGCCAAUUUGCUUAGAAAAAGUAGCCCUCGAGUCGUCCCACUUAUUUAGUGUAACCACGUUGAAUACAAACGACGAAGGGGAAUCUAUCUACGGAAGUGUAAAUCAGUUAGAUACAGGCUGUAGUAGACAAUAUCUGUAUUGUUUAAAACCACAGUCAAGCUUAUUGAAAGAUCCGAAAAUGAUGCAAAAUGCUACAAAUAUUGGCAAACUGGACAUCGUGUGGAGGAGCAAUUUGGGAGAAAGAGGAAGAUUGCAAACGAGUCAAUUGCAGAGAAUGGCACCUGAAUAUGGGGAUCUAAGGGUUAUCAUAAAGAAUAUUCCUUUAAAAGCUCAUCUUGAAGAACCAGUUAAUUGUACAUGCCAUAUAAUAAAUACAUCAGAAAGAAGUAUGGAAUUGUUAUUGAGUUUGGAAUCGAAUAAUUCCGUAGCUUGGUGCGGGAUGUCUGACACAACAAUCGGCACUCUGAAACCCGGCGCUUCCAUGGACAUACCUCUCUGUUUCAUUACCUUAGAUACAGGCAUUAUCACUAUUUCCGGUUUAAAACUUACGGACACAUUUUUAAAACGAGUCUACGACUACGACGACUUGGCACAAAUUUUCGUCAAUCAGAUUGAAAAAUAUGCAUAUAAUAAAGAUACUUUGUAAAUAAUAAGAGUACUCAACUACACGGCAUUUAUUAUUUAUAAACAUAAUAAAAAUUACAUCAAGAUAUUCUUACAUAAAUACGUGUAUGGAUGUAUUU